GCCAUACGCGUACGUCACUUUUGGCCAAAACACACUACUGGGCGUGAGUAAGCCUUCGGGUUGCGUAUGGCGAGCAGCAGUGACAGCGUGUGUUAAAAAAACUCAAAAAGAACUGUAGGACAAUGAAAGAAUGAUAAAGCUAAAAAGAAAAUGUUUAUUAUCGUACGGUGACUACAAAAAGUAAACAAGUGUAAAAAGUGCAAGUGCAGUGAACUAAUGGCAGCCGGGCGGUGCCCUUGAAUAUACAUAUGCGUGCAACAGCAGCGGAAUGUGCAAAACAUAGUCAGAAAUAGUAGUAGAAAUACUAACACAUAAUAGAAGUAGGAACCCAAAAGGAGCGUGUUCUGUCAACAUGCUAUGCUUUCCCUAAUUAACUAAUUAACAAAUAAAAGGAACACAGGGAGAGUGGUAGAGAUACCAAAAUAGAGGAGGAGUGUUUGAGCCAAAGCCCAAAGUCGCCGAAGACCCCAUUUCGAAAUCAUCAUUUAGCCUUAAGCUUAAUAUGACAUCAUACGCAAAUGACACAACGGCAACUCCAGCCACAACAACAAACACAUCCAAUAUAGGCACGGAUUCAAAUACGUCAGAGUACCAAGCAGCUACAACAACCAGAACGGCAAUAGCAGAUCAGAGUAGCAAGCAGAUGUCAGGCAACAACAAUAGCACUCACUACGACGAAUACGACAACAAUAGUUCCGAUGGGCGCGAGAAAGCUGAUACGACACCCGAGAACAUCAAGAAGAUAACCGAGAUUAUAAGCAAUAUAGAAGAAGUUGGCGCAUCUGAAACACUCCCCACCCCACCACGUUCGCCACGACUGCAACAACAACAACAGCAGCACCAGUUGAAUGCGUCAGGCCUUGUGGGCCUUGGAGCUGCAAUUGAUGAGUCAAAUGCCAAAUUUUACCUUGGCAAGCCACCACCGGUACCAUCCGAAAAAGCGACUGUGAUGACCAGAGCGUAUCAUCACCAUUCACACAAUAGCAGCAGCCCUGAGGAGCACAUCCACAACGACAAGAUUGAAGCUGGCGAAGAGAACUCGUUAACGGAGGGCAAUUCAACGACCCCUAAACAAUCGCUCUCUUUUACGAUAGAUCACUUUGACGCCUCGGAGAAUGAUGCGGCAGUUCAAGCCGCACGCUACAAGAAUAUGAUGGAACGUUUCCAAAGUCGCCACAAGCGUGGUGCUUCCAUGUCCAAACUCGAUAGCGAUGGCAGCAAUAUGACCAUGUCCAAUAGCACAGGACGGUGCUCGCAGCGUAGCAGCUUCGAUGCCACCAGCAGCAUCGCGGACGAUGGUUCCACGGCUGUCACGCCAACCAUUGCCACGGAUCCCAUGGCUACUGUGAAACUACGUGCACGAGAACGCAGUGCGUCGCGUGUUAAGGACGCGUCUAAGCGUCACAGCUGGUCGCCACGUAGCUCAGGUACAACAACAACACCAACGGAGCCCUCGACCCGAGCGUCUAGCAAAACGAAGCCUUCACCCGUCCAGGCAAAUCCCCCAAAGGGUGCUUCAAAUCUCCUAGCGAAUCGCACGGGGACUCAAUUCACUCCAAGGUCGACAGCCAUGCAGCUGGCGUUACGGCAAGUGGAUCUGCUAUGUCCGCAUCCGCCGCUGGGCGAUAUUAAAUUGCAAGAAGAGGAUGCUGUCAGUGACGCCGGGACUUACACGCUGGACGGCGACAACUACACGGAGGAGCAGAAGGAUCUCAUGAACAUUGACCGCAACGCGGCAGCUGCGGCGGCCAAGCUACGCCCAAAACAGCUCACCGUCAAGCCGAUCCGAGCCAGCAAUGUUCUGGAGGUCAACUACUACCAUGAAGCACCACAACAGGAGCAGACCCAUAGUAGCGCAACAAGUGUCUACCUGGAGCAGCUGAAGUCGCGUGUGCUGCGGCAGCAAAAUGUUUCGCAAGCAGCUCCCUCGCCGCCGUCACCACGUUCGCCGACCGCUGAUGUGGGCUGCUUCACCAGUGUGACCACCAGCGGCGUGCUGGCAAAGCAGCGCGCCCUGCACACGUAUCCCAAGCUGACGCGACACUCGCAUAGCCUAUCCACAUCGCAAAUCGACAGCUCUGAGUACGUCACUAACGAGGCCAAGCUGCGCCAUGCCCAAGCUCUGGCCGGCGGCGCAACGGAUCGCCAAAAGGCUGAAUACCGCCUUAAUGUCUUCUCUAGUAGCAGCAACAACCAGCAGCAGCUGCAUCAGUUACCCGAAACGCCCACAACGCCAACAACAUCGUCGGACGCAGCUCUGCUGCAGUCAGUGCCAACGAAGCAGGACUGGAUUCAGGAAUGGGCCCGAAACGCACGCGCACGCAGUCUCGCUCAAGACGUCAGUGCCUGUUCCGCAGGCCGGAAGAACCAGCAGCAGGCGUCGCAGCUAAUGACACGAAGCUAUAAUUGCUCAGACACCGGCGGAGAAUCUUUGACUGAUGACAGCCUAUACAGCCAGCAACAGCGCCACUAUGCGGCCGCUAACAAGCUUAACCGCAGCCUUGCUGAGCGCUUCAGAUUGCUAGGAGACUGCGAUUACGGCAGCGAUCCAGCACUGUGCGGACUGACGGCGGGGGAGUCUUAUAAGCCACCCAAGAGCCCCAGUAAAAUACCCUCACCGCUGCACACGCUGGGACGUGCGCGCAGUGCCAGUCGCUCGAGGCCAGCCAUGGAGCAGCAGCAGUCACAAAUGCCGCAGUCGCGUCGCACAUCCGUCAAAUCGCCGGCCGCACAGUGCAGUCCACAGCACAGCUUAGAGCCGGCCGGCUACCGACGCUCGCCGCUUCAUCGAGCGCUCAUGACAAGCAGUAUUAAUGAAGCCCAAAUACAGCUGUUAACCAGCGGCGAAUAUCUGCUGAAACAGCUGCAGCAUCGACGCAAGAACUCGCUGGACGACAUUGAGCAGGAACUGCUGCCUGCCUCUAUGUGUGGCGUCUCGGGCUCGCUUUCACCUCUGCGGCGCUCAAGCUCCUUCCAGCGUGCGUUGCAGCAGCAGCCUCCCAGACAAGCGCGUCCCAAUUUUCAGAAUCUGUACACGCCGCCCGCUGCUAGGCACGCCCAACAGUUGCAACUGAAGAAGUCUGCCAGCAGCAACAACUUUGAUCAGUCCUACAGCGACUACGAAAACGAGCUGCAAUACUAUAUUAACGAUGAGGACGAGUUGGGAACGACAGGCCCCUACUACUCCAGCGGCGAUGAAGAAGAUGAACAGCAGCAGCAGCAACAGCGAGAUCAGCAGCAUUCUUCUCCGCAUCACAUCCAGGGAGCUGGCGCUGAUCCAGUAGUGCCGCUUAGCAACACGCGCUUAAACAAGGCGCUACUUAUGCGUAUCGAGCGCAGCAAGCAGCGCGUAGCUGGGAGUAGCACUGUUGCCGGAUCAGGAGCAGGUCAUUAUACACCAGCUAAGCCCAACUCAGCGCCAGCGGGUAAGCUGAGUGCUGCCCAAGCGGGUGCUGGGUUAGUGGCCUGUCCAAAUACGCCAGAGUUGCCGCGACGUGGCGUCAAGAGCGCCACUCGCACAGUAUGUGGUGCCGGACCUAAAACACGCCAAUCCAUGCCGCGCGAGACAAGCUUGAGCCGACUGGCCCAGCAGGUGCCCAGCAGCCUGGCUAACGCCAAGAAGCAGCUACUACAGACGGCCAAUGCCAGCGCCAGGGAGCAGCAGCGGGUGCAACCGAAAUACUUGGACAUAUCCAAGUACAAGUCAGCACAGUCGAACAAUUUUCUGCGCAAAAACGACAGCAAGAGCACUCUCAAACCCUCAGAGCAAAUGAAGCGCAGCCCUAGUGCCUCCUCCAUGGGACUCAGUCGCGGCGAGGGCAUACGCGCCAGCAAUCGUAGUGUUCGCUCAGUCUCCUCCGUAGCCAACAGCAGCAACACCUCGCUAGGCGGUGGUGCUACGGGCACACGCGCUUCAUCGGCGGUGCGCCGCGAUGCCUCAGUUAACAAGCAAAAGGAAGUGGAGAUGGUCAUGUGGAAACGGCGUUCCACCUACGAUCCGAUGAAGGCGGCUGCCGAGGACCGACGCCGAAAGGAGGAAGCGCGGCGAGGGCAGAACCAAAAUAUAACGCAGCGCCAGGCUAACGAUAUUGUCGACGAUGUUCCCAUUGAAAGUGUCCAUCGCCCAGCCAACAAUUUGACCAUAACGGGCAGCAUCAGCUACAGUCCAAGAAACUCAAUGGAAAACGACGCGUGGACUCUUGGUGAAUCCUCCGAGUUUGGCGAAUAUGAUGAGGACUUAGAUGAAGAUCAGCAGGAGGAGGCGCUCUAUGUGGGCGAUCAAAAGUCGGAUGAUGUAUUUGAGGCCGAAUCUGCUCAAGGCACAGUCUAAGCUAAUUCACAAAGGCAGCUACUGCAAAACUUGCAACAGUGAUAUAUUUAAACGAUCUAUUUUAUUAAUAACAGUACUGUAUUUUGUAGGAAGCGCAAUGCGAUUUAGUAGUAACCAGCUUUUGUUGUUAACAAUUAUAAGUUUUAAUAUGUGGUUGCUGGGAAUACCAUUUCUAUAUGUGAAUAUAGCUAGUUAUAUAUGUAUAACAUAAACAAUAUUUGCAAUAAUUACAAUUAUUGGCGACAAGAAAUGUAUGUGAAGGUCAAGAAUUAUUUUAUCAUGGCAUAACUGAAAUAUCUGCAUGAAAAUGAAAAGUAAAUAAGAAUAUUUGACAAAAAAAAGUGAACAAUGUGGAAAGCUAAAGAAAUAAAAAAACCCAUGUGGUUGAAACGGCUUAGGAAUACUUAACGAAAUACUGUAUAUUGAACACAAACUAAAGCAAUGUUCAAUCAAACGUAGACUGCUAAUUAAGCUCUACCACUAAGCAUACAACCACUAAGCAUGUAUGCUUAGUGGUUCUACACUAAUAUCAAAUCGGCUAAAACUAUUUUAGGUCCUACAAUGCCACACGCGCUUGCUUCAGUGGUAUUGUUUUUAUAUCCAUUUCGUAUUUGAUUUAUUUCUGUGUCAACACGUGUUAAAAAUAGUAAUUUUUCACGUAAGUAAAGUAAGUUUUACAGGUACUUUUAAAAAUGUAUUCACAGUACCCAAUGUCCACACAAGUAUGAUUCUGGUAAAUGUUUAAAACAGGACUUUUUUUUUGUCUUUUGUACACAAAUCAGUAAAACUGGCCCUAAGUUGCUUACAUGAAAAAAUUCUGUUGACGGUCUCGUUUAUUGCAAUUCCAUUUGGUAUGUAUUAAAAAGAAAAGAAACUCAUUGAUUUUAUUAUUAAUUUAACAUAAAUAAAAACAAAAAGUAUGUGCAAUCUUGAAAAACUUUAAAUGUAAACCAUGUUAUCUGGACUUAAGAUUUAAAUG